AUGUCGUUUAUCUUCCAGCUCGCUGUGCAUGGGGAGUGGCAGGUGAAGCCUUGCUUGAUGCCUUGGAUGCUUUCCCCGCAGUCGGACGCCACAUACAGCUCUCUAGUGGAGUUGAGCUUCUUCCCACGGGGCGAAGAUCUAGAGAAGGCGACGGAGGAAGUUCAGUCACAGCGGGACGCCAUCUUCUGCGGCUUGAGCCUUGGUUUCACCGCCUUCGCCUUGCUGUUCGUGUACCUGGUGGGCCGCUUCCGCGGACCGGCAACAAUCGAGAAACAGGACGACGCCGGGCAAUUCACAAGAAGCGAUGUGCUAUUCGCAGUCUUUCAGAUCAGCUUGGUCUAUGUUUACUUGGGUAGUGGCAUUUUCGCAGGCCUGAGCGGAAGGACGGUGAACGGUUUGCCUGUCUACGAGUUCUGGCUUCUUGCGCUUUGCGAAGUGCUGCUAACGAACUGCAUCCAUGCCGUGGUCGUCACGCCAGGCAGGGUCGGCGUUGCCAAUGUCCUGGAAGCCAUGCUGCCCUUUGGUGAACGGUUCGAGCUGUUGAGGGACGCAACGGCUGUGGCAAAUUAUAUUCGCAUCGGAAGCUUCUGGUCCUAUCUCGGCGUGGCCGUGGUGCUUGUGACAAAUAUCCUGGGCAACCUUGUUAUUCUGUGGCGUCGCGAUGACCUCCGACAGUUGCGGAGAGCUGUAUGGCCUGUGCAAGUUGGAAGGAGCACGGAGGCGAGCCUUGCACCUCCUCUUCCACUGCCCCUGCCCAUGCAGCACCAGGUGGAUGGAGAUUCCGGUGAAGAAACGUUGCCCUUGGUCCUUUCUGAGCCGAAGGACUCCAGCUAUUACACCCGCUGUUGCCAUCUCUGGGCAUCCAUGGAGUUCGAGUGCUUGGUGAAGCUAGGCACUUUCACCUCGCACGUGAAGCAGAUCUCAAGCCUCUACCAGCAGCUUCCGCAGGCACUGGCGAGCACCGUCGUCACGAUCAGCGUACAGGGCACCUCGCCAGCCCUGUUGCUUUGCGCUGGCCUGGCCUGGCUCCAAAUGUCCAUGAUUGAAGCUCUGCGUCCCUUCGUCCUGUGCAUGCUGGCCAAGCGGGGUACUCCCUGGAAGAACGUUUGCAAGCGGGAUGUCGAACGCGCACGAUGUUGUCGACUUUGGGACCCCAUCACUGGCUACCAUGCCCUCCGCGAGGUAGUGAUGGACGAAGGUGUUCCUACGGAGGACCGGGAGGGCGCCGCCAAGGCCCUCGGUGAGGAGAUUGCCCAGGCUGUGAAGCAGGGUCGUGAAGUCAGCCACGAAGAGCAGAGGGAAGUGUUUGACCGCUUGGUGAAGCAAGAUCACCAGAGUGUCCUGAAAGCGUUUGCAGAAGCCUCUGCUUUUACCGACAACAACUGGGACCUCACGCAAACACCGGGAAAGGCUGCGAAAUGGAGCAUGCUUGCGUUUCUCUUCCACCACACGAAGGGAGCCAAUGCCAACUACUGCAACAUUACAGAGACGGUCUUCAAGACCGAGCUGAUGCCACGUCUUGGCACGGAGCUCCCCCUGGAGUAUUUGAACUUCAACGACAACGCUCUGUGCAAGACUGAGGAAGGCCUGGACCUGCUGAAGCAGUUCAUGGCCAAAGCACGGAAUCUUCGCCACUUUCGGCUGGAGCGCAGCAUUGCCAAAGAGGAGUUCAUCAGCGAGCUCAGAGCCGAGUGGGCCAAACUCCAUCCCGGAAGUGACGCCCAACUCGAGAUUGCGCUUCCGAAGCCGAAGCAGGCAGCGCAGGAACCGCCACCUUCCAAAGGAAGGGCGCCAGUGUGGCCGGUCGCGCGACGUGUGUAA